GUAUCACGUCUAUAUCUCUUCCGGGAUCCCGUGAUCAAGUAUCUUCACCAGCUAGACAUUCUUUGAUCCACAAUAUCACGUACUGUGGGAGAAGCGCUGCUGUGUAAAUUCAGUACUUGCCUAUCUUUGCCUCUCCACUGCCAUGAGUUCUAUGCGAAGUCGUGUCGUUUCCCACGACAUUGCUGCCGUGGAUUUGUCGGCGGCUGAAUUGUCUGCGUCUUCUUUGUGGCACCAUGGCGUUCUUCACUCUAUUUCCCCUUCUUCUCUUCAACAGCCUCGUUGCGGGAGAGCUGUUCAACCACACCAUCGAUGAUACGCUCGGGGAUGAGCUGACUGGGUUCCAAGUAGAAUAUAGUCCGGCUAGUCAACCUUCGAACGUGAGCGAACUCGUGUGGAAGAACGCCUCCCAUUGCAGCGAUUGCUCCGUUGUGCCGGACAAUUCAUUGGCGAUGAACGGCACAUGGACUGGGGUGACAUACUAUCCGUCUCUGAGAAAUACGACUGCUCGGCUUACAUUCCAUGGCUCUGCGAUCUACGUUUACCUGAUCAUUUCCAACUAUCCAAAGAGCACAGGAUUUGUGAGCGAUGCGAUAUGUGAUUUGCGUAUGGACGGAGAAGUCGUAGGAAGCUAUAGCCAUGAUUCUGACGGGACAUACCAGUUUGAGUACGAUGUUCUGGCGUAUAGCAAUGCAUCUUUGAGCGACGAAGAUCACACGCUGCUUAUAGAGACUACGGGGACGAAGCCGUCAUACAUUAUUUUCGAUUAUGUUGUUUAUACGAACACUCGGUCGUCUAUCCUGCUACCAAGCUUGUCCACACAACAAGAUUCAGUUACUUCGAGUGAAUCUUUUUCACCGUCAUCAGGAGCUCCUUCCGCUCUUUCUUUGGCCACCACAUCCUCCUCGAGCUUAGCCAAAACCUUCGGAGGCGCCAUUGCAGUAGGGGUAUUGGCAUUGGUCAUUUUGGCGGGAUCACUGGCAUUUUACCUUCGCCGGCGACGCCGAAGGCCAACCGGACCAGCAACUCCAUCGAUGAUGGCGCAUCCCAGCGAUUUCUUCCAUCCAUCUAAUCAGAUGCCACAGCGGCCUACAGCCGUAUUCCAUUACGACGCCGAGUCAUCCACCGACACGUUAACAACUCAGGUUCCUGCUCCAGCGGCCCAUAGACGAGAGAUUCGUGGGGAAUUAGGCCAUUUUUGAAUAUGAGAUCGUCUGCUAAUCCAGACACGCGCCAUCGGCUGAAGAUGAGUUUGAAUCAUAUACUGAAGGAAAUUGGCGGUUGAAUGCGUGGAGACA